GAAACUUCAAGUAACUUGCAAACACGUUUUAGCAGCUAGAAUAGCUAGUAUACUGGGUAAAACCGUCACACAUGAGGUAACUGCGGAUCAGUAUUUGAUGCUGUUGAAGUCAUCGUUUGAGUUGGACGAGCAAGAUGGAUGAUGAUAUGAGCCAGUAUUAUUUUACGGCAUCCAUGGACUCCGGAAAGACCCUUUGCAGCUUGCUAAAAGCUAUUCAGUUUCAAGAGUCAGCCGUAUUCUGUGCCCUUGCGGAAGGACUAAAGUUAACUGUCGAGGAAGGGAAGUGCGUGCAGGCCUCCGCUUACGUCCCGGCAGACAACUUCACGGAGUACCAUGUUCGGAGUGAUGUUGAUGUCAUGUUUAAAAUAAGUAUAGCAGUGUUAGCAGAGUGUCUCAAUAUUUUUGGGUCAGGAGAAGAAUCUAGUCUGAAAAUGUAUUAUAGAGGGGAAGGAUCUCCUCUUCUUCUUGUUUUACAGCCACAAUCCCUAACAAAUGUAAUGACGGAUUGCGAGAUAUCAACCCAGACCGCCGAUUCGGUGCUAGAGCUUCGAGACGAAGAUUCGUCAGAGGUGGCUAAGUUGGUGUUAAAGGCGCCCGCGUUUCUUGGCUUGCUGGCUGACUUGGAGCGCUCCUGUGAUAUCAUGGAGCUGCAGCUGUCGCCAGAGCAUCCGAAUGUCAGCAUUGUUACAUAUGGAAUACAGGACAGAUCAUGUAUCGACAUGCCCAAGUCCUCGGAGAUGGUGCAGAGCUUCAGUUGCGAAGAAGCAGUCACGCUGAAAUACCAGCUGCACCACAUCCGACUCAUCAUGAAGGCUCUCGCCAUCUCUACUAAGGUGGUGGUAAGAUGUAGCUCCAACGGCCUCCUGCUGCUGCAGCUAAAGCUAGAGAAAGAAGACCAGCGACAGAUGUUCUCAGAGUUCUAUAUAGUGCCCUUACUUGAUGACUGAACUUAUUGUGAAUCAUGGGCGUUUUCCGCGUUUUCACGUAACAAGUGUACCAUUAGCGGCCGGUCAUCAGUCGUCACAAAGCUGACGGUCAAUAUCAAACCCCAUAGAUUUCGUCACAAAACUGACAGCUAGACGUGACUUAAAUAUUGUGUAUACGGGUAAUGGGCGUUUUCACGUAACAGUGUACGAUUAGCGGCCGGUCAUCAGUCGUCACAAAACUGACGGUCAAUAUCAAAACCCAUACAUUUCGUCACAAAACUUACAGUUAGACGUGACUUAAACAUAACUAGUAGGUAAUUCGCGAUUUGUACUUGCCCACAAGUUAAAAUGAAAAUGCCCUUAUGCAUCUGGAAAUAAUUUAAGUCAUCUCUUACUGACAGAUUUCCCUGACCAUUCCGACUUGGAUUUGAUCGUGUCUGCAACAGAAAAAUAAAUACGGUAAAUUCACUGUAAAUUGCCUAUUUCUGGCCACCCAUAAAGAAGUGUGCGUGCUCAUGGCCAGAAUAUUUACAUAGGUCAUUAGAUAAGUUUUGCAAUAGACAAAUAUGAAACACAGAGGAGGCCUAUCACAUAUACUGUUUCUAUUAAAACUAUAUUUCCAUAGACAAAAUUUGGCGGGAAAACGUUUACUUUCUUUUUCAAUCUACUGAUUAAAAAAUAGAUUUAAACUGUAUGAAAUGAAAAUAUUGUAUAAAAUAAUCGUAAGUCGUCACUAUCCUACGCCGACAUUUUUAGUUUAAAUCAUUUUUUUUAUAAGCAAAUUUAAAAAGAAACUAAAUAUUUUCCCGCCAAAAAAUGUGAUAGGCCACCUCUUUGUUUCAUAUUUACCUGUUGCAAAACUUAUCUAGUGACCUAUGUAGUAGUGUUUUAGUUUCAUAGACAUAGUAUAGUAGUUAUAGACAUGAAACCGAGCGACCAGGAGUAAGAGAAAGACAUAUUCAUGUAUUGAGAGGUUAAUGUAUGACAGCAUAAUCAUUUUUCUCUUUCACUGAAAAUUUCGGUAUUUCGCCAUCGCCUCCUACCAAUGCUGCCAUAACCCGACCAUGAAAAAAAACCCGGUCGGUGAUAAGGACAAAGCAUGGCACUAUUUUCUCUUUCCUCUUAUAGGAAUCGCAAUAAGACUAUCUUUCUCUAUCAAAGAGUGUCAGGCCCUUGUUUAGUUUGUUUGGAUUUGUAAUAUCAUUUGACAAGAGCUUUGCGCGGUAUAUCCUCCUUCUUUGAAGUUUGAACACCGACUUGCCAAAGUAGUUCCAAGCUGUAUGUAAAAUAGCAGUUUAAAUAUAAAAUAAAACAUUUUGCAAAAUAUAAUUAUAUUUCAUUUACCAAAAAUGACAUGCACUUACAUAAGGAAUGUAUAUUACGUUUAGUAUGUAUAUUUCCAUCAGCUAUUUAUAUAAAUGUUCUCUGAGCGUUACCAGGGCCAUAUUAUUAAAAAAAAAUGUUUACGUUAUUUCUACUCAGAAUCAAUAGGAGAAAAAAGGGUAUUACCAAUUCCAUUCCGUUGCUAUUUUUCAUAGAAUUUGUAUGACGGCCACGGGAUGAUGAAGAAUAUAUGGAAACUGGGAGUUUUUUUUUCUUUUAGGAUCGAAAGAGAUUGAGAUUCCAAGUAGAAAUAACAUAAAUACUCAAAUAAAAAAGUGUAGUAAAAAAUAUGGCCCACCUUAUUGAAGCAAAUUAUUUUAUUUUAUUUUAUCGGAGUCUUACAUUCAGACUUUUAUUUAUUUCAAAUUGUCAAACAGUUCCUUAAUUAAAUAGUUUAAUUUAAUUUCGCUAUUUCUCCUAACAAAUUCGUUAACAUUAUUAGUACUGUUAAUAAGUUAACUUAUACUUUCAAUUCCAACAACAUUUAUUUUUUAAUAAAUAGUGCAUUUAGCAGAAAUUUUAUUGUAAAGAAGAAAUAUUGAAAAUUAUUUAAGGGUGGACUUUUAAAAGGGUCAGGGCGCGUAGCCAACGUGCAACUCCGUAGCGUAUCGUAGUCAAUUAGUCAUCUCUCUUUAUCACUCUUCCCCUACUAUGACAGUGACAGUUGCGUUUCGUUCGCUACGGACCGUUAACGAUUGCACGUUGGCUACGCACACCAGCUUCCAAAUCAUGUGCUGCUACGUGAAAAUAUAGUUGGUCAAGCAAACCUUCAAUAGAAAAAGGCGCGAAAUUCAAAUUUUCUUGGGACGUUAUCCCUUCGCACCUACAUUUUUUAAAUUUGCCGCCUUUUUCUACUGCUUGACAAACUGAAAAAUAAAUAAAGAAGGUAAGUACUACAAUAGGUAAUACGGGUAAGUGUGGCUGCGGGAUAAGUGUGCCAACUUAGAAAAUACUUUUUUGUACAGAAUGUUUUUUUGUGUAUUUUUAAACGAUUCUGCGUUCUAAACGAUUCUACAAUUUCUGCUAAAUGCAUCCACAAUUAAUAUUCGUUAUUUCGUUUUAUCCU